AUGACACAGAAAACGAAUCUAUCCACCUGGAAUCAGCAGGCAGAAGAAAACAUUCAGGAAGCAGAAAUUCCAAACGAAGAAGAGGACUUCGAUAUGACAAAUUUGCCAGAAAAUGAAAACCUCCGAAAGAUAUUUAUAGAAGAGCGUCUCAUAGAAGCGGUUCGGAGACGACCACCUCUUUGGAAUUUCAAACUUCCAGUUGCACAAAGAGGCGUUCGGAACAAAGAGAAGUUGUGGGAGGAUGUGGUCGCAGUUAUGAAAGGUGUGGUUACUCUAGCUGAAGCAAAAAAAAAAUGGAAAUCCCUCUCGGAUGUGUUUAGAAGGCAUCGAAAAAAUGCGGAGUUGCCAAGUGGCUCAGCAGCUCGAAAGAUGAAGAAGUGGGUUCAUUAUGAUAGAAUGAACUUUCUUCUAGAUGUUGAUCUUCUUCAAAACGAGUAUGAAUUGUGCAUAAUAGAAAUAACUAGUGGAGUUCGAAGAGGAGGAUUGAGUAGGAGAUUUCUGUGCACGAGAGGAAGGGAGACUAGGAAAACCCCGGGGAUCAGAGGUAAAAUCAAUGGCAGAGCUAUUGGCCGCUGA